CGUGCCUCAUUGAUUAGAGGUAAUUUGCUCACAAGUCAUGGCGAUCUUGGCUCAGGAGGUGAACGUCUACUUUUGCGUCUAACAGAAUCUAGUGGUAUACGUAUCACUGGCCUCGGAACAGCGAUCGGGAACUUGACAGGCACUGGGUCUUCUCGAUUGACUCCAGGACAUAAUUCUGGCUCCUCAAAUUCUGUCAUGAAUCACAAUCCAACUCUUACUCGAGCUCUCUUUCCUUGGUUGACUGGCGCAACUCCAGAAUUGGUUGUCAGUAAUGCUGGAGGAGUAGUGGUACCUCGUGGCAGUGGCAGUAUCAGCUUUACUACUCUCAAUAAUGCAUCAGGGAAUUUCCUGGAUUUCCAUACCUCUAACCCACCAAGUAAUCUCUUAAUCGGCCACGCCGCAAGUGGUAUUGGCUUUGGCACUUUUGACCUUGCAUCUACUCGAGGUAACGGCCUAUCUACAGCUGUUUUUAGUGAUCAUUCAAACAUUUCUGGAGCCACUUCUUUGCCUAGUCAACAUCCUGUUUUGCAGUUGCCUCAUCAUCUUGUGAGUGGUCAUUUAUCACUUUGCCACGCUGCUCUGAACAAUACCGGAUCGGCCAUUGGAUUCAAUUCUACAUUUCGUGGAAUACCUUCCUCUCUCCCAUCCAAUCGUACAUCUUACAUUCCGUCUCGUUCUGGUGGUGGAAGAAAUCAGUCUCUAGCUCUUAGUUCCGAAGUCUCGUAUUCUGGAGCAUCUUCAACUCCUCUCCUUUCAACGACUACUGGCACCCCAGCAUCUCCUAGGUAUGUAUCAACCAACCGAGGAGCUCAGUUUCCCUCUUCCUAUUACGCAUCUGUCAAUGAUAGGGCCAGUAGUAAUGGCUCUCGCCAAUCUCGAACUGAUCUUCCUCAAUGCUCCCACAACGAACCAACACACGAUGCGACUUUGAAUACUAUAUCACUACCUUCCUCUUCAACUCAUCUUUCUACCAGGCAUCCUCUCAUCGGUCAAGAAGCAGAUUCACUCGUCUGGUCAAUGCUUUCUGCACAGGCUGAGGAUCAAGCAUCAUCAGCUACAGCCGCUACUGCAGCUAGUAUUCUUUCCCAUUUAGAUACUCACAAUUUUUCCAAUCCCCAACCUCCUGCCCGGGGAACCAACAGCGCUAAUAAUGCUAACGGCGAAGAUUCCACCCUCUUGCCACUGGUUUUACCAUAUUUAAAUUAUGCCUUUCCUGCCAACUAUCGCAAAUGGAUUGAUUUAGCCAGAAUUUUGCAUGGCCAUGAACUAAUGGACAUAAUUCUCUUAAGUCGAUACAUGGUUUCUUCCUAUGCAAAUGAAAGAAUGCAAAAGCAAAUGAGUCCUUUACUGGUUGGCCAAGAUUAUAAUAGGUCUCAAGAACCAAGUUUCGGACCGGAAGAAUGCAAAAACGAGGAAAUAAAUUCCCUUUCAGCUGAGGUCGAGUCAAUCAUACCCUCUGACGAUGCUACCCCCCCUCAAAAUAAUGAUUGUUCAACUAAUCCAUCUAUUUUCAUGGAUACAUCUGAAACAUGUUUUCCGCUUGAAAAUCUUGAUGUGCCUGCCGAUGACAAUGCUUCUCGAGACUUAUCAAACCCAUCUCGCAACUUGCUGCCUUUAGUCCCAGAAUCGGCAGAGUCCACACAAAUUUCUUCUGUUAAUCAAGAAUCCCUUUCCACAAAUAUUUCCUAUUGUUUAGACCAGGCUCCAGUUUCAAGUUUAGAAAUAACUUCACCAGUUGACUUAGCCACCCCUCAGGCAGCGACAGAGGACAAUAUUUUGGUCCCUACCACUAGUGCUUCCCUAGAGCCUCCAGUCACCUCGGCAGAGCAAUCUUUAUCUUCUGUUGAUGCUGGCUUACAUGUUCCUGUGACGGAUGAAGAAACAGUUCAGGCAAUGGUAGAUGAAGGAAUGGAUCCUUCAUUUCUUGAUGCCCUUCCUGAAGAUGUUCGUCGUGAACUUAUUGCUGAUCAUCGUAGAAACAGGCAAUUAAGAGCUCAGCUGAGUACCGUACAGUUACCUGAGCAUAUAAAUGCCGAAUGGUUAACUGGUCUACCUCCUUCUAUUCAAGAGGAAGUUUUGUCUCAAAUAAUUCAAGAGCAAGCGCCCCAAAGUCGUUCAGACAUCAGAUCUGAAGCAAUUGCUUCUAAUGAGACAAACCCUUCUAAUCAGCAUACUGCAGCUGCUUUCUUCGAUUCAUUGCCUUUGUCUGUACGCCGCGAGGUACUUGCUGAUCUCGAGGACUCGCAACUCGAGUUGCUGCCACCAGAAAUUGCUAGUGAGGCUCGGCAAUUGCGUAGAGAGGCUGAACAACGCUACUUAGAAACUGUACAGACUCGCUUAGUUGCUCCUCCUCAACUCGCAAAUAGGACAGGCACACGUAAUCAUUAA